AUGGAUUACAUUCCCACUAGGCAUACUGUCAGCUUCGUCCGGCCACUUGCACGGAUGAGGGUCGGCAAACAGAAAUCCAUCUUCGCUGGCACCUAUAAAAUCUGCAAACUCGCCGCCAACGUGCCUGACCUUGUGGUGUAUGAAGGGGUGGACCGACCCAUUCCUGAUGUGGAACAUUUCCAUGGAGUCCUCCUGUUUGCUGACAUUUCAGGAUUCACCAGCCUCACUGAGAUAUACACAAAGAAUAGCAAGAAAGGCAGUGGAGCCGAUCACCUAACCAGAACACUCAACGGAUACAUCUCAGAGAUUGUGGAUCAUAUUCUUCAAGCAGGAGGAGAUAUUGUGAAUUAUGCGGGUGAUGCAAUGUUGGCAUUAUGGAGAGAGAGAAGGAAAGAACUGAAUGAAAUUCUCACUUUAGCUGUAAAAUGUAGUCUAAAUAUCCAGGACAAAUGUGAUAAUAAGGAAACUGAAGUAGGAGUCAAACUCAGAGUAAAAAUAGGUAUUUCUGCAGGAAAGCUUUCCAAAGUUGUAAUGGGAGAUGAAGAAUCUCGCUAUUAUGCACUGAUUGGUCGAGCAGUAGAUGAGGUUCGGAAAGCUGAAGGACUUGCUUCCGCCAACACUAUUAUUUUAUCCCCAAAUGCAUGGGAGCUCUGUGACAGAGAAAAUCUAGUUGUUGAAAAGAUAGAAAAUGAAAGAGCUGUAAAGGUGCGGUACAUUAAGAGAGAUCCACACUUUUCAGUUGACGAUUAUAUAAAAUCUUUUGGAACCCAUUUGGAGUACCAAGAAGUUGGUGAUACUAUAAAGACAAUAAGAAAAACAUCAAAGUUAUUGCCAAACGUACAACUUGAAUCUGUUCUCCGUAAAUAUCUCCUGAAAACAGUUUUACUAAAGAUUGAUGACGCGGUACCGUUGGAUUAUUUGUCUGAAAUGCGGCCAGCAACAGUGGUGUUUGUGAAUCUGCAGUUUGUGGAAAAUGCAACCAUGUAUCAUCAAUGUCAGUCUAUACAGGCUUGUUGUGUUGGAAUUAACAACGAAUUCAAAUUUUACCGGGGAAGAAUAAAUAAGGUCUUUAUGUUUGACAAAGGAUGUACUUUUCUUUGUGCUUUUGGCCUUCCUGGUGACAAAGGAGAAGAUGAAUGUGCAAAUGCUUUACAGUGUGCACACAAUGUUCAUGAAUUUUGUAAUAAACUUAGAUAUGUCAGUGUAGCAUCUAUUGGUGUUUCAACUGGUCCUCUAUUCUGUGGAGUGGUUGGGCAUCCUCUACGCCAUGAAUAUACAGUGAUUGGUCGAAAAGUUAACUUGGCAGCACGGCUGAUGAUGACCUAUCCUGGUGUGGUUUCCUGUGAUGAAGAGACGCACUAUCAUGCCAAGAUGCCUUCUUCCUACUUUAUUGAACUUCCUAAACGAAGUAUGAAAGGUGUGGCAAACCCAGGUACCAUUUACCAGUACCUCUCCAAGAAGCACCAGAAAAUACUUGGGAAGCCUCGAAUUUCUGUUGAAACAGAAGAUUAUCCUCUUCUAGGUCGUGAGAAAGAGAUGAAGAUUUUCCACCAUGCACUAAAAAGAUUUAGUUCGUUAAAGACCCGUCGUGCUGCUGACUGUUACCAGGUUAUUAUGUAUGAGGGGACAGUUGGGUAUGGAAAAAGCAGACUACUAGCUGAAAUUAUCCAGACAUCACAAGCAGAAGGAAUGAGGGUGUUACCAUUUGAAUUGGGAAAAAUGGAUAUCACAGAGCCCUAUUAUACCAUUCAAACUAUGCUGGCUCUGCUCCUUCAGGUGAACCACUGUAAAAAUUACGCAGAACGAGAAAGAGUUUUACUCAGCAAGAUAACAAAGCAAGAGUUGAUAGAAGAUUUGUGCCUUUUAAAUGACCUUCUUUUUGUAAAGUUUUCAGUUUCAGAAAAGGUCUCUCUCAUGGACAGUCGGACCAAGCACAGGACAUUUCGAAAUUAUGUGAUUGCAAUAAUCAAGCAGACUAUUGCGAGUGAUACAGGUCUGCUAGUCAUUGACCAGGUUCAAUAUAUUGAUACACCAUCAUGGGAACUUAUUUUGCAAAUGCGUGCGAGUCUUCCUUUGUUCAUGGUUAUGGCACUGAGGCCAUUCACUCUAGAAAAACCACCAUGCCAAGCUGCUAUAAUGGUCAUGAGGAGCCAAAGGACUCUAUAUAUAAAGCUUUCAGGUUUGGAUUCGAGACUAAUCCGUCCACUUGCCUGCCAAAUCCUGGGGGUCAUUAGUAUUCCACGAGAGCUAGAGAUGUUACUGACAGAACGCAGCUAUGGUGUACCAUACUACUGUGAAGAAAUACUUAGAAGCCUCUAUUACAGUGACCUCAUUCUCCUGGAACCUUUAGCUGAGGAUGACGAAGAUGAAAGUGAUGCUGUACUUACUUUCACUAGAAAGAAGAUAAUUGUGCCUACUGAAACAAAUUUGGAAGAAAGGGACACAAGAAAAAAAAGCAUAUUUCGAAAUUUUUCUGGAAAAGAAGUGCAAAAAUGCCGAAAGGUGGUAACAAUGGACCGAAAUGCUUAUGAAAAUCAGCAAUUCAUAUGUACUAUUGGAGAAACAGUAAAUCUACAGGAAAUUACCAUUCCGCUUACACUUAAAGGUAUAGCUUUAGCACAGCUUGACCGAAUGAACACAACAGAGCAGGUGAUUGUUAAGUGUGCAUCUAUUAUUGGACACACUUUCACCACUAAAAUGCUUCGAUACAUCUUACCUGAAGGUGCUGAACAAAAAUUGAAUCAAUCACUUAUAUCAUUGGUAAAAGCACGAACGUUUGAGUGUGCAUCAAGGACUGAUGAAGGCUUUACUUCACCAAUGGAUGAAAACGAGGAUGCCCUCCCACAGUGUUUCUGUUCCCACUGUGCAGAAUCCGAUGACCAUCUACAUGAAGAAGAAAAUGAGGAGAGAGGUAAACACUUGGAAAUUUGCAGAUGCAGUUCACCUCAGGUAGACAAGAUUGGACAAGUGCACCCAGUGCUUCUGUUAGCUCUGGCACAUCUGGAGAAGAACCAGCAGAAGGUGGCCCAGGGCCAGGUCACCUUGGUCAGUUGGGAGGGCCCCCUGCUGCCAUCCUGGACAACCUGCAGGAAAACCUGCAGGGAGGCAUCACUAAACGUGGGACCACUCUUUGUCUGCUCUGAGGCAUCUCUCCAGAAUAACAAGUCACAGCAGCAGUUAAGGAUAUCUGAGCAUCUCGUGGAUAACCCACCCCAGAGGCUCGUCACCCAACUUGGACAUCACAGAUGCCUUUUCCUCAGCAGUUCUCCGAGUGCCGAAACAACUAAAGAGAAAAAUACUGUCUGGCAAUGCAAAUUGAUGCGAUUCUGCAUUGCCCUUGUGCAUGAAACAGCUAAUGAUCUGUGGCUAAAGGAACAGAAAAAGUCACUCCACAUGAAGUGCACUAAAUUUCUGGAGAAUGCAGCUCGCAAAUGCAACAGCUGUGGAGAAGGUGACUUUAUAUAUCAGCACCGAAAAAUGGUCACGUUUUCUAUUGUAGAAACUGAAAGUGCCCUUCAAAGACGAAAAGAGCUAUAUGGUACAGCUAGCCAUGCAAACUUACGAAGUGAUUCUCCAGGUGGAGAAAGUCAGCAAGCUGUUUGGUCUGCACAUACUGAGAUGGCGCCCAGGAGAAAGAAACCAUGCGCUCCCAGAUUUAGCCACGACUCCCAGAUGGCUCUCCUCAACGCCAUCCACAAACUCUGUAAUAUCCUCUUCCUGAGGGAUGGAACCAGGAUGUCCACCAAUGUCACCUCGCUGGCUUGGGAGAGGGUCGCACCGGAGGCCUGUGCUGCUGGCACCCAAAAAAGAAAUGCCCUGCAGUGCAGGAAGAGGAUGAAUGAUCUAAUCCACUCUACCACGAUUCAUGUGGUGUUUAGCAGACUCAUGUUAGUUUCUCACCCCUUGUGUCAUGAACCUUGUGGCUAUCAGUGUGUCAUGGGGAGGUCUCCUGUGUCGCGCUGCUGCAAGGACAUCUUCACAUGGAAGCUGACCAUCAUUGCCCUCCUCAGGUUCCUGCCCUUCCAAGUCCUCUUCAUCCAAGGAAAUCUCUACCUCCUCCAGACUGCAGAUGCCUCCCCUGACCAUGACUAUACCACCUGCGACCCAGUACCCAGCCAGCCACCCGCAGGACCACUAUAUAUUAUCCUACAAAGGACUUAUAUCCUAGCACAACUGAUGGACUGCAAACAGACAAAUCAACCAGCUUUACUGGUGCAAAUGCCUUCUGGAAUUCUGAUCAAGAUGGAUGUGAUUCUCAAAGAAUGUGAAGGAAACAGUCAGCUGUAUGCCAAAGACUGUGAAUGUAAACCAAUAAUGGAAUCUAUUUAUUGUUCCCUUGUUCGUCACUGGAUGGGAGCUGGAAAUGUGGCAAAGACGUUCUUCUAUCUGCUUGAAACUGCGGCAGCCGCCUUGCAAUUAUCCAAUAACUUGAUGGCCCUAUCUUAUCUAACAGAAGCAGAAAAUAUUCUUACUGCAUUACGCAAAGGCAUUCCACCUUUUGAAUAUGCUGAUAUCACAAGGGACAGUAAGAUAUUUCCUUUUGAGAAAGCUUGCUUAUAUAGCCUCAAGGCAGAGGUGCAACUUAGCAUAGGCCAUCUUCUAGAAGCAGAGACCUUGUUUAAGAAAAGUUUAAUGCUGCUGAACAAAAAAUUCCCAAGUUUCGCUCUGUCACAAUUAAUUGCAUUUGGAAUCGAAAACUACAAAAAUUCUAAGCGACAUCGUGAAAAAGAAGAUUUAACAGGCGUAACUGAGGGGGCAAUAUCACCUAUUAUUCAUCAGCAGAUUCGAUGCCUAUCAUUUUUAUGGCAGAUAUUCUGCCUUCAGAAAUACACAUGCAAAUUGCCUGCAAUGUUCACAAUAUUACUGGAAUUGAACACAGCUGAAAUCUCCAAUAAUGAAUUUACGGUUUGUUUUAACAAUGUAGAGGCAAGUAAAACAUUUAAACAGGUAUUAGGCCUGAUCAUCUCAACCAGCCACCUACCCUGGCUGGCAUCGGGAUUCCCGGUGGCUAUGCAGCAUGUGUACCACCUUCAAGAGCUGCCGACCAAUCAUAGGCCGGCAGCACUUCAGUACCAGCACUGCUGGGACUGCAGGAGGCCCAGGAGAAGGAACAUUGCACGAGGCCUUGGAACCCAGACCACAUCAAAGAACACAUCCAAGUCCGUUACAGAACUCAUGUGCAACCUUGCCUUUCUGAAAGCUGACAUCUGCACUAGUUUUGCCCCUACUCUCAUGCCGGAAAGGCAGGAUGCAAGUGCGAUGGGGUUUGCCCAGGUCUCAGGUUUCCCACAGGUGCAGGGUACCAUCGACGGCAUUCAGGUGGUGCUCAAAUCUUUGUCGCAACGAGCGGUCAACCGCAAGAACAUCUAUUCACUGAAUGUGCAGCUGAUAAUUUCUGCCUACAUUGAUUCUUUCCGUUGUUAUCAUUUUGUUGGCUUUAAAGAGAAGAGUGCAAAAAUGGAAAGGUUGGCUCUACAGAAGUGUCUUGUUCUUAACAAGGAUCAGAAUGGAUUACAAAUGAUUGGUCAUUUAGUAUGUGCACUUUCAGAAAUGAAGCUCUGCACUGGACGCCUUGCUGAAUCUAUUGAGUAUGAUGUGCCCCAAGAAGGAAAAACAAAGCCCAAGAUACUUAGCCCAGCCAGCAUCUUGCAUCAUGGACUAUCACUCACCUUGCCCCUCCCAAGCUGUAAUGAUAUCUGGAGCCAAAUGUUCUUGGUGAAACGCAAAUGUGGCGUUGGUGAGCAGGACAGUGGUAUUGGCACACAAGACAAUGGAGGGUGUCCCGUGAAGACGGGACUUUGUCUCCAUAAGGACUGUGUGGUAGUCACUGCUACCAACACUAUCAUUGACAGCUGCAUCUGUGACAGAAAUGGAGGCAGUCGUGUCGAGAAAGGGAAGGAAAAUUUUGGAAUUGGACCAGGUGCAGCUUCGGUGGGCAGUUCAAAGUCAACCGCAUCGCUGUGGGUCUGUGUUGCCUAUAGACUUGGAGAUUAUGUUGACCUAAUGACAUAUAUGAAGGACUUUUCAGUCUCACGACACAACAUACUUGGUCAGGCAACAUUCUAUACCGCUUGUCUGGAUUUUUCUCUUCAGGAGGAGAAAACUAAUAACAUCCCAGAAAAAGAGUUCAUCAAGAGUCUGAGCUUGCAUGGUAUCAAGCUGACCUUGCAUGAUUUCAGUCUGAGCUCCGCUACAGCAUUCAGCCUUUUAGUGGAAGCUGCUUGUUCUGCAAUGGAAACUGAGACAUCAGCCAACAGAAGUUGCAUCAUGAGUAUGUUGGUCACCUGUGUAGUGAUGGACAUGGUUGUUCCAAGUUUACCCAUACAGGCGGUAGACCUAUCGCCAGGAAAGGACUUGACAGGGUGCCAGGUACUGUGCUCAGAGGGCCAAAAGCAGUCCAUUGAGACUGGGGAAACAGAGGGGAACCAGCAAAAUUCUGCUCAGUUGCAGAGAGCUGAGGAGGUCCCUAAAAUCCUACAAGGGGCAAUAGGGCCAAUAAGGAUUAGGGAAACGAAAGGAAAACCAACGGAUUUUAUGGAGGCCAGGAGAAAGUCUUCCAAGUUUGACCCAUUGGCACAGCCGAAGGGGAUCAAAAACAAUGAGCCAGAUUUUCAAAAGGCUGUGGGGUCGGGACCCUGUGCAGGUUUUGCACUAAGGCCAUUUGAUGAAUGCCUUGCUUUUAUCAAUGGAGUAAUCGAUGAUCCUGUUAUAAAGUCUGAAAAGAGCUUGCUGCUGGUGCUUCAUUCAUCAGUAGCACUCUGGUAA